AAAGGACAACGGCGACGUUCGGCUUUAGGAGACAACGACUGCGUCAACAUGUAAAGACAUGGCUGAAACCCCGGGGAAGCGCCCACGAGUUUUUUCAGUCAGUGAUUGUACUUCUAAGAAAAGACCUACACGUUUAGCACAAGGUCCAAAAUCUGGGAAAAAAAGAGACAAAAGUCGAAGAAAAACACGGGUAACCAUUGGUGUGGCUUUUCCUAUUUGGAGAGCGCUGAAAAAGGACAAGGGACUGAGGUCGGACACGGAUGUUGCCUUACUGCUCUUGAACAGUUAUCUUAGGAACUCAGAGAAUUGUCCAGAACAACCAAUCAUUCACGAGAGUUCUUCAACAGAGUCCUGUUAUCUUCGGAAGAGUCCUGACCAACCAACCAUUGAAGAGAGUUCGUCAACUGAAUCCAGUGAAAGUGUGCAUGAAGAAAUGAUGUGGUCACAAAAUGAAGUUAUGCAAGAAACUUGCAGUGCUCCUUUUGUCCAGUCAUCUGAAAAUGGAAAGGAGUCAGGGAAAAAAGAUACUGCUUGUCAAAGACCAAAAAGUCAAGAAGAGUGGACAACAACCGACCAGGUCGAAAAUAACGCAAAUAGAGAUAUCCAAGAAGAUGAGAAUGAAGAAUUCAGCACCUCAUUAAGUGUGGGAGAUGGACGCUACCUGGUGGAUUUGGGGAGCUCGUCAGAGUUCAUCGUUGAUGAAGAGUGCAUCCUUCAGCUGUUCAAGUCAUGCAGGGAAUGCAACAGACAAUGUACAGUUAGAAAACGCGUGACCGGUCUAAAGCUCGUGGUUAACCAGGCGUGCUGUUUCUGUCAGAGCCACUCUAAAUGGACUAACCUGCCAGAUGACGACGACGACGAUCUCCAGACAAAUGGAAAACAAACAGCACAUAAACAGACCAACUCAGCCAAGCAGUAAUGCUAGCUGUGUCAUGCAGACAGUGGUUCUACAGAGUUUAUGUGGACGC